GAGAGGAACCUUUUGACUCUUUAAGCUUUGCCUCGUCAAAAUGCAAGAUCGGAGCUUAUGACCAUGGAUGCUGCUAGCAAAGAAAUUCUCCGGCAAGUAUUCGGCGAUUCGUCGGACAGCGACGACCUGGAACCGGGCGAUGGAUCCGAUUCCGACCCGACCCAUUUCUGGGAGCCGAUCAAACAAAUCAAGGGGCUGUGGUUGUGCAGAGACUUCCUCUCUCCUCAGCACCAGUCCUCUUUGCUCUCCACAAUCCAAAACGAAGCAUGGUUCACUCAAGCCUCUCAUAAUCAGGCAAUGAGGUUCGGGGAUCUUCCAGCAUGGGCGGACGAGCUUUCGCGUUCUAUUCACAAGGUUGCGCUUGCAAGUGACUGUGUUUUGGGAAGCAAUGAUGGUGUGAAGGAGAAUGCCUCUCCAUUUCCAUCCCAUCUUUUGUGCAGAGAGCCGCUCUUUGACCAGCUCAUUCUAAAUUCUUACCAACCGGGUGAGGGAAUCUGUGCGCACGUUGAUCUCAUGCGCUUCGAAGAUGGAAUUGCCAUUCUCUCCUUGGAGUCGUCAUGUGUGAUGCAUUUUAGUCAAGUUGAAGGAACAAAUAAGGAAAAUGAUCCCGCCGUGGCCAAGAUUCCAGUUUAUCUUAACCCCGGAUCCCUAAUUUUCAUGUCAGGAGAAGCGCGAUACCAUUGGAAGCACGAGAUUAACCGCACGCCUGGAAUUCAGAAGUGGGAAGGGGAGGAACUAACUCAGACGAGGAGAAUCUCCAUAACCCUGAGGAAGCUCUGCCAAGUGGAGUAGGUCUUUAUUCAGCAGAAUAUCUUUCUACUUUUCCAAUUCCUAUCGAAUUUGAGGAUCCAAUUGCACUUGGAAAGCGCGUAGUUUCAGGAAUUGAAGUUCAGAUUGCACUGCAUGAUCUCAUUGAUCCGCUUUCGCAAACGGAGCCAGUUUGAAAGGAACGCUUAAGGAAGCUGAUUAUCCAAGAUUCCAAUGGCCAAGAUGAAUGCUUAUGGAAGCAAAUUAUAGACUGACUUUUGCGUUUUUUAAAUGUAUCAUGGUAAACCAGAAGAUACCCGUUCAAUUUUGACAUGUGUGCAUAACCUUCUUCGAUCAUAUGGUCACGAUUUGUUCACAAAGCUUUGGUUCAUGUCUCCUUAGAUAGAUCAACGACACAGAGGUACGUUGUUGUUGCAGAAAUGGCAGGCGAUUAACAGUCAAUGAGAAAUUGUUCAUUACAUAUAAAUAAAUAGUCAAGCAACUUUUUAGGA